GUCUACGUUGAUCCAGGGUGAUCCCUACUUCCGGUGCGAUCCGAGGAGGAUUUUGCGAGUACUUUUACCAAGCAGGGCCCGUACCCCCAGAAACCAGGGGAGCAGCCCUAAUCAUGUCUCUGUGUUAGGCUGUUUUUUAAAACAACAACCUCCUAGUCAGAGGCCAAACAGGUCCGCCAGGAAAGCUGUUUCCACUAGCUAUCUAGCUAGGUUUAACGGCGUGUUAUUCGCCAGCCAGACACCGCUAGCUAAAUUUGAUCUGGUAUCAAUUUCAAGAUGUCAAAUUCUGGGUACAACUCCCAGAAUGGGGCAAGAGGGCAGCCGUAUACGAAUGGUCCGUCCCUGAACCCUGCCGCGCUGCAGCCCCUGGCCCCGGGCUUUGGAAUGCCGGGACCGCCCCAGUAUUCCAACCAGAUUCCCUCCAAGUCUCCCAUCCCGCCUGCCGGCGUUCCCGCUCCGGGACUCUACAACUCCGGCCCCUAUCAGAGCGCCCCGCCCCCCAGCUCAUAUCAGCCUCCGGGGCCGACGCCGGUGUCCCGCCCCCCUCCUCCUCAGAUGGGACCGCCCCAGUCCAUGACCCCGCCCCCACCUGCCACUCAGAGCCUGGUGGCCCCGCCCCCACCGACUAGCCACGCCUACAUGAUGACCCCGCCUCUGCCCACCACCCAUGCCCAAAUGAUGACUCCGCCCCCUCCUCCGAUUCGUGACCACUUGACUCCUCCCCCGCCUGCAAUCCGAGGCCACGUGACUCCGCCCGUGCCCGCCACACACGGUCACAUGAUGCCGCCGGCUCAGCCAAUCACCCGCGGCCAUAUGAUAACCCCGCCUCCGCCCUCCCUGCUCACCACGCCCACGUCGCUGUCCAAUCGGAGCCCCUACCCGGGCUCCCAGAAUCCCCCGCAGCCCAGCUGGCAUUAUGGGGGGGCCCCGGGGCUUAUGGGAAAUCAUGUGACCUCGUCGACCCCGCCUUUAUCACCAGCGUACAGCGUGGCUCCGCCCACCUCCUCACACAGCGCCUUGCGCCCCCCCGGACCCCCGAACAGCUACGCCCCCCCAGGCUCGGCCCCCCCCUCCAUGAGCCCGGGGCCCCCCCAGGGGUAUCAGCAGCCCGGCAGACCGCCUUACGCCCCCCCGCCUGCCUCCGGGCCCCCCCCCCUCCAUGAGACCCACACCGCCCCCUCCUGGAGCCACCCCGCCCCCGCCCCACCCCCCACAGCAGGAAGCUGGGCCCCGGAUGAGUGCCCGCUCCCCCCCUCCUCUGAUGACGAGGCCGUGUGUGGCCCUGAGCACGCAGGAAUGGCCACAGGAACAGGACCGCCUGUCGCCGGUGAUUUCUCAAACGCCCCUCAUCCCUUCGACCAUCUGGAAACGGGCUCGAGACACAUGGCCGGGCCUCCCCUACCCCCUCAGCCGGGUAUGAACAGAAUGGGCCACUCUUACCCCACGCUGCCCCCGGGGUACCAGAACACGGGUCCCCCGACCGCCACCCCCGGGCCCACCAGCAAGCAGCCUUACAGCCCCGGGCCACAGCCCUAUCAGCAGCCCCCGAUGGGUGCGGCCCAGCUCAGCCCGUCCAUGGCCCAGCUCAGCCUGCAGGCCCAGCCCCCCGAGGCCCUGCGGGUGGUGAACCUCCUGCAGGAGCGCAGCCUGCUCCCCCCGGGCCCCGUGCCCGCCCCCACGCCCUGCCUGCCCCAGGACCUGCAGAAAGUCAACUGCAGCCCGGAGGUCUUCCGGUGUACCCUCACCAGCAUCCCUCAGACCCAGUCUCUGCUAAACAAAGCCAAACUGCCCCUGGGCCUCCUGCUGCACCCCUUCAAAGACCUGUCGCAGCUGCCGGUGGUCACCUCCAGCACCAUCGUGCGCUGCCGGUCCUGCCGCACCUACAUCAACCCCUUCGUCUCCUUCCUGGACCAGCGGAGGUGGAAGUGCAACCUGUGCUACAGAGUGAACGACGUCCCCGAGGAGUUCAUGUACAACCCGGUCAGCCGGUCCUACGGAGAGCCUCACAAACGUCCUGAGGUCCAGAACCCCACCAUCGAGUUCAUCGCACCCUCGGAGUACAUGCUAAGGCCGCCUCAGCCCGCUGUGUACCUGUUCGUCCUGGACGUUUCCCACAAUGCCGUGGAAACCGGUUACCUGGAUGUCGUCUGUCAGUCCCUCCUCGACAAUCUCAGCUCACUUCCGGGAGACGCCAGGAUGAAGAUGGGCUUCAUCACGUUCGACAGCACCAUCCACUUCUACAACCUGCAGGAGGGCCUGUCUCAGCCCCAGAUGCUCAUCAUCUCCGACAUCGACGAUAUUUUCCUGCCUACCCCCGACAGCCUCUUAGUCAACCUCAAUGAGUGCAAGGAGCUGGUGCAGGACCUGCUGAAGUCGCUCCCCCAGAUGUUCGUGAAGACGAUGGAGACGCAGUCGGCCCUGGGGCCGGCCCUGCAGGCGGCGUUCAAGCUGCUGUCGCCCACCGGGGGGCGCGUGUCCGUGUUCCAGACCCAGCUGCCCUCGCUCGGCGUGGGCGCCCUCAAGUCCCGCGAGGACCCCAACCAGCGGGCGGCCGCCAAGGAUGUACAGCACCUCUCUCCUGCCACCGAUUUCUACAAGAAGCUGGCGCUGGACUGCUCCGGGCAGCAGGUGGCUGUGGACCUGUUCCUCCUGAGCGGGCAGUACUGUGACCUGGCCUCUCUGGGCUGCAUAUCCAGGUACUCAGCCGGCAGCAUCUACUACUACCCCUCCUACCACCACCAGCACAACCCCGCCCAGACCGAGUGCUUCCAGAGGGAUCUGAAGAGAUACUUCACCCGCAAGAUCGGCUUCGAGGCCGUCAUGAGAAUACGCUGCACGAAAGGUCUCUCCAUACACACGUUCCACGGGAACUUCUUCGUGCGCUCGACCGACCUGCUGUCCCUGCCCAACGUGAACCCUGACGCGGGCUUCGCCGUGCAGAUGUCCAUCGAGGAGAACCUGCUGGACAUGCAGGUGGUCUCCUUCCAGGCCGCCCUGCUCUACACCUCCAGCAAAGGGGAGCGGAGGAUCCGGGUCCACACCAUGUGUCUGCCCGUCGUCAACUCGCUGUCCGACGUCUUCGCCGGGGCGGACGUGCAGGCCAUCACCGGCCUGCUGGCGAGCAUGGCGGUGGACCGCUCGGUGACGGCCAGUCUGAGCGACGCCCGGGACGCCAUGACGAACGCGGCCAUCGACUCCCUCGCCGUGUUCCGCUCGUCUGUGCUCACCAUCCAACAGCCCGGCCUGCUGGCGCCUCGCUGCCUCUGCCUGUUCCCCCUCUACAUCCUGGCCCUGCUGAAACAGAAAGCCUUCCGCACGGGCACGAGCACGCGAUUGGACGAGCGAGUCUUCGCCAUGUGUCAGCUGAAGUAUCAGCCGCUGUCGUACCUGCUGCUGAUGAUCCACCCCUCACUGUACCGGGUGGACCAACUGACCGAUGAGGGAGCGCUGAAUGUGAGCGAGCGCACGGUGCCCCAGCCCCCUGUCCUGCAGCUGUCUGCAGAGAGGCUGAGCCGAGACGGAGCCUUCCUCAUGGACGCCGGAUCGGUGAUGUACCUCUGGGUUGGGAAGAACUGCGACCCCAACUUCCUGGUGCAGGUGCUGGGAGUGCCCAACUACGCCGCCUUACCUCAGAAACUGAACCAGCUCCCUGAACUGGACACGGCCGAGUCGGUCAGAACCAGAGCCUUCGUCGGCUGGCUGAGGGAACAGAGGCCCUUCUUCCCCCUUCUUCAUAUCAUCAGGGACGAGAGCCAGAUGAAGGCCAGCUUCAUGCAGAGCCUGAUCGAGGACCGGACCGAGUCCGCGCUGUCGUACUACGAGUUCCUGCUGCACCUGCAGCAGCAGGCCAGCAAGUGAGCGCCCCCCGCAGGGCUGGAGGACCGCAGGGAGCGGGCUGGUGUCAGAAACGCCUCGCCGUUCCGCCUGACGCUGAAGCGUCCCUCUUUCACCUCUCCUGGGGAGUGGCCCGUCUGUGGACUUCAUGCGGUGUGUGUUUGUGUCG